AUGGCACAAAAUGAUAAUAGGGAAGACCAGAGGAAAAUGACCUGCACAGCUGACGUCCAAGCUGCGUUUAUUCUUUCCUCCUUCAUGACCUUCUUCAGUGGACUCCUCAUCUUGUUCAUUUCCAGGCUAAUGUGGAGGUCCAUAAAAAAAUGGCAAAACAUCAAGGGAACAGGAAUUCUCUUGAAACUCAUCUUGUCAAAGAUCAUCAGUAAUAAACAUUUUAAAAGUCUCCACCUCCAUGGAAUGUUUCGUGACCGUAUAGAAAUGCUGCUUUCAGCACAGACCAUUGUGGGGCAAGUGUUGAUGAUCCUUGUCUUUUUGCUAAGCAUCGGGUCUCUUAUAAUCUAUUUUAUCAACUCUACUGACCCAGUUGGAAGCUGUUCUUCAUACCAAGACAAAACCAUCCCUAUUGAUUUGACUUUCAAUGCUUUCUUUAGUUUCUAUUUUGGAUUGAGAUUUUUGGCUGCUAGUGACAAGAUCAGGUUCUGGUUGGAAAUGAAUUCAAUUGUAGACAUCUUCACCAUCCCACCAACCUUUAUUUCUUAUUAUUUGAAGAGUAAUUGGCUAGGUUUGAGGUUCUUAAGAGCUUUGCGGCUGCUAGAACUCCCUCAAAUCUUGCAAAUUCUGAGAGCCAUCAAGACCAGCAAUUCAGUGAAAUUUUCCAAACUGUUAUCAAUAGUGCUCAGUACUUGGUUCACAGCUGCUGGAUUCAUUCACCUGGUGGAAAAUUCUGGUGAUCCCUGGCUCAAAGGUAGAAAUUCACAGAACAUAUCAUAUUUUGAUUCCAUUUACCUGGUCAUGGCAACAACGUCAACUGUUGGCUUUGGAGACGUGGUAGCCAAGACAUCGCUAGGACGGACCUUCAUCAUGUUCUUCACUGUGGGGAGUUUGAUAUUAUUUGCAAACUAUAUCCCUGAAAUGGUGGAACUUUUUGCUAACAAGAGGAAAUACACCAGUGGCUAUGAAGUGCUCAAAGGAAAGAAGUUCAUUGUGGUCUGUGGAAACAUCACUGUUGACAGUGUGACUGCUUUCCUAAGGAAUUUUCUCCGCCAUAAGUCAGGGGAAAUCAACACCGAGAUUGUUUUUCUGGGAGAGGUUCUUCCUUCUUUGGAACUGGAAACCAUAUUUAAAUGCUACAUGGCCUACACAACUUUUGUUUCUGGAUCUGCCCUGAAGUGGGAGGAUCUGAGGCGAGUUGCGGUGGAAUCUGCAGAAGCAUGCCUCAUUAUAGCCAACCCUUUGUGCAAUGAUUCACAGGUUGAAGACACUUCAAACAUUAUGAGGGUGCUCUCUAUCAAGAACUAUAGCCCUGACACCAGAGUCAUCAUACAGAUACUUCAAUCCCAUAACAAGGUUUUUCUGCCAAAGAUUCCCAGCUGGAGCUGGACUACUGGAGACAACAUCAUCUGCUUUGCUGAGUUAAAGCUUGGAUUUAUCGCCCAAGGCUGUUUGGUGCCAGGCUUGUGCACCUUUCUCACAUCUCUAUUUGUUGAGGAAAACAAAAAGGUUUGUCUUAAACAGCCCUGGCAGAAACAUUUUUUAAGUAGCCUGAAGAACAAACUCCUGACUCAACGUCUCUCUGAUGAUUUUGCUGGAAUGACUUUUCCUGAAGUUUCCCGGCUCUGCUUUGUGAAGAUGCACCUCAUGCUGAUAGCCAUCAAACACAAAUCUGUGCCUUCCAGUUACUGUGGUCUGGUACUAAAUCCACCUGCACAAGUUAAGCUGCAUAAGAACACAUUAGGGUUCUUUAUUGCUGAAUCUGCAAAGGAAGUCAGAAGAGCCUUCUUUUACUGUGCCACCUGUCACUGUGAUGUGUAUACUCCUGAGCUAAUUGGAAAAUGUAGCUGCAAAAGCAAGAACCAUCGACACUUCACAGUUCCUAGCAGAGAGUACACUCUCAGUAAAUGUUAUAAAGGAGUCUCAGCAAGGAUAUCUGGUCAACCUGGAGGGAAGGCACAGAACCCCUCCAGUAGCUCAGCGGCUAACUCUCCAUUCUUUCUACUUAGGCCUUUUCUCUAUGAAGAUUCUGACUGUCUUGAUAGCAGUGGCAUGUUUCACCGGUGUAAAGCAACCCCUUUGGACAAGGUGAUUCUGAAACGAACUGACAAGUCCAAACAUGAGUUUCGGAACCACGUUGUCGCAUGUAUCUUUGGAGAUGCCCAAUCAACACUGAUGGGGCUUCGGAAUUUUGUAAUGCCCUUGAGAGCCAGCAACUAUACCCAGCAGGAGCUGAAGGACAUCGUGUUCAUUGGGUCUCUGGAUUACCUGCAGAGAGAAUGGCAAUUUAUCCGGAAUUUUCCCCAGAUAUACAUUCUGCCCGGAUCUGCACUCUAUUCUGGAGACCUCCGUGCAGUCAACAUAGAACACUGUUCCAUGUGUGCUGUCUUAUCCUCUCCAUCCAAGUCAUCAGGCAGCCAGACUUUGGUAGAUACAGAGACCAUCAUGACCACCCUCAACAUAGGAUCACUACGGAUAAGCCACUCUUCCUGGACACACUCAGAGCCAGAGGGGAUUUCACAGUACACUGGUGGAUGUGGUAGGGAAUCAAAUUACCGAAGAAUCCCCAUCCUCACUGAACUCAAAAAUCCUUCCAACAUCCACUUUAUUGAACAGCUUGGUGGAAUGGAAGGGAGUCUCCCAGGAACAAGCCUGCAUCUCAGCACUUCCUUUUCCACAGGUGCUGUCUUUUCUGGCAGUUUCUUGGAUUCCCUCCUGGCCACAGCCUUCUAUAAUUACCACGUCCUGGAAUUAGUUCAGAUGCUGGUGACAGGAGGGACAAGUUCCCAGAUGGAACAACAUUUGGAUAAAGAUAAGUUCUAUGGGUCGACUGACUGCAGCACUACAAUUAUAUCUGGAAGAAAGCGGUGUAAGCUGGGGCUUCUGCCCUUAAACAAAACCAUUUUGUCAGACAUUCAACCAAGAAAGACCUUUGGGCAAGUUUUCUGUGGCUCAUUAGAUAAUUUUGGAAUCCUGUGCCUUGGCUUAUACCGCAUGAUAGAUGAAGAGGCGCACAACCCAGAGAACAAAAGGGGAGUAUGCCUGUUUGUGAUCACUCGGCCAGCCAAUGAUUUUAAGCUGCUGCCCUCAGAUCUUGUGUUCUGUGCUAUCCCUUUCAACAUUUCGUGUUACAAAAAGGAUAAUACUUCAUAUCAUGGUCCAAAUGAAAUUAUAAACACGAUUCCACUGACAUCAGAGGCACCUACAGACAUAAAUUAUCCUCCUGUUGAACAGAAGACAACGCAGUCCUUGAAUACAUUAGUCCAUUUUUUGGAGCCAAAAACUACUCUUGCUAGUAGUGAUUCUAAACAAGCCAUUUUGACUAAGAAUGGUAAACCAUUACCUGAGACACAUCUAGGCAAAACCAUGAAGAAAAAUGGAGAGGCAAACAUGAAGGAGACCAUAAAGGACAAUGUUUCUGCGUAUCCAAAGUCAAACUAG